CGAAGCUGGAUGGUAGCAUUGCCACAGUAGUUGAAGAACCCAAAUUUCUUCAGUUUAUAUUAGAAACAUUACAAUCACUAUGAUUAACAGCAAGCUCACAUUGCCUGAACUGGUUUGCGCCACUGUAAGGUCGGGUGAUGUUUGAUCAUAAACCGGAAAAUCCAGGGAAUAGGCUGCGUUUGUCUUAUCCUCUGCAGUUGUCCACUAUUUUCAGAGCCAGGCCCAACUUAACAAUGGGCCCCAUACCCCUGUGUGUCCUGUUCCCGGUGACAGUGCUAGCUGUGGUGGUGGUUGUAGCUGCUGAAGAGAAUGCAGUUGACGAUGAGUAUACCUGGCCACAGUGGAAGGUGCCUCUGGUAAGGAAAAGACGCACUGUGCCUCUCAGCAGCCCAAACUUCUCAGCCCAUCCUCAAUCAGAGCUGAGUGGGACCUGUGGGAUUGAGUGUCAGCGUCACCUCCCUGCCACUUCUCUGGACGACCUGGAGCAGUUCCUGUCCUACGAGACGGUUUAUGAGAAUGGUACACGCACGUAUACCUCAGUUUCUGUGCAGGGCCUCAAUGAGGUGACUGCCUGGUCCAGAAACAUCUCGUCUAGCUCCCGCCACAAACGAGAGGUGUACGGCACAGAUACCCGUUUCACUAUCUCCGAUAAGCAAUUUUCCACCAAAUAUCCCUUCUCCACCUCUGUGAAGAUCUCCACAGGAUGUUCUGGGGUUCUCGUGUCACGUAAACAUGUGCUGACAGCUGCCCACUGCAUCCAUGACGGGAAGGAUUAUCUAGAUGGGGUGCAGAAGCUGCGUGUUGGUAUUCUGAAGUCCAAACGAGGUAAAGGGAAAGGAGGGCGAGGAAAGGGCAAAAGGAGAAAGGAAGACAAAGGUAAAGAGGAAGUGCAGGAAAAGGAAGAGAAUGGUGGGAAAGAGGACCGUAAAGGAAAAGGGAAACGUAGAAAGAGCCGCAGUCGGCGAAGUGCAGAAUUGGAGAAACCUUCAUUCAGGUGGACCAGGGUCAAGCAGACCCAGGUGCCUAAGGGCUGGUUCAAAGGUGUUUCUGACGGACUGGCUGCAGAUUAUGACUACGCUGUUCUGGAGCUGAAGAAAGCCCCAAAAGUCAAGCACAUGGAUCUGGGUGUUAUCCCCUCGCUCAAGAAGCUCCCUGCUGGGAGGAUCCACUUCUCUGGCUUUGAUGAUGACCGGCCUGGCAACCUGGUGUACCGGUUCUGCUCUGUCUCUGAGGAGUCCAAUGAUUUGUUGUACCAAUACUGCGAUGCCAAACCGGGCUCCAGCGGCUCUGGGGUCUACAUCCGCCUCAAAGAGCCUGGCAAGAAGAAGUGGAAGAGGAAGAUCAUUGGGGUUUUCUCUGGUCACCAGUGGGUGGAUGUAAACGGGAACGGGAUGCAGCAGGAUUACAAUGUGGCGGUGAGGAUAACACCCCUCAAAUAUGCCCAGAUCUGCUACUGGGUCCACGGGGACUCGAGUGAGUGUCAGGUGGCCUAAGACAACACAGGAUCCCUCCUUAACCACCAUCCCUUUCCCAUUCCUCAGACCCACCUCUAUACAUGGGACACCCUAACUACUCUCACCCCCCUUUCAUCACCAACUAGGGGCCCGACGACUGCCUCUCUUCUUCCUGUCUCCCUGUUACCUCCUGUGCCUCCCAGUGACUCCUGCUACACUGAUCUCCACACACACACACACACACACACACACACAACAAACAAAGUUUGUUUCACUAUCCCCGUGGGAGACAAUCAUUGACAUAAUGCUAUCCCUAGCCCCUUACCCUAACCUUAACCAUCACAACUAAAUGCCUAACCUUAACUCUAUCCCUAACAACAACCUUAGCCUAAUUGUAACCUGUACCAAGUCUUAACCCCCCAAAAGCAGUCUCUACCCGUGGGGGCCUCAAUUUUUGUCCCCACGGUGACACAAGUCCCCAUGGGUUAGUGUGCAUUCAGGUUAAAGUCCCCACCAGGAUAUAAGAACAUGAAACACACACACACACACAACCCACAGCCAUACAGACUCAGUGUUGACAACAGGAACUUGUCAGCGCAUCAAGAGAACUGUGGCUCUUCAGCUUUUCUAAUUUAUUUGCUAAAAAACAACUGAGAAAAAAAAUGUAUUGUAUGUAUUUACAGAUCAUUCAGAUCUGCAGUUCUGCUUUCUAUUUUGACUCUUUUUUUUUAAAAAAGAUUUGACCUUUUUGGAUACAAUGUUGGAAAGCGUGUAUAUUCAAAUGUUUGUAAACAAAGCCCUGAUACAUUCAUUUUAUAUUCCAGUUAGGUUUCGUAUGGAGAGACUUGCAUUUUCAAGUAUUCUCCACCACUGUAAAGAAGAGCGCGUGCAUUGGCUUUGACAAAAGACCCAGGAGAAAUUAAUGUAACUUUUGUUUUACAAAUUAAUUAUAUAGAGAUAUUGAGAUAACUGUUUUUUAAAACAUUUUAAUUGAACAAGUGGUGUUUUGCAUUUUGUAUAUCUAGAACUUUGAGUUUGUUUUUUACAGCUACCUUUUAAAAAAAGACUAUUUUUCUGUCUAAAUAGAGAAAAGGUCCUUAUGGAUCCUGGAUAGAAGAUUCUUCUUCUGAUUUGUGAGUCUCACCAUCUUUUUUCUGUUCUUGCAACGCAGUGAAAUGUGGUUUCAUUGUUGUGCACAUAAUUAUAUUGGUGCUUAUCCAGAAGACGUGGUGCUAAUUUAUGGAAUUGUAAACUUUUUGGGGGGGAGGGGGCGGCUUCUCAGAAUAUAUUUUGAUAGCCUAGUACUGUAACUAUGUAUUUAAUGUGAGGCUACAUAUUUGGGUUGUGUUAAGAUGGGCCUGAACCAUUUAACAAUUUACUUGAGCUGUUGCGAUUUCUCUAAUUCUAAGGGUUAAAUGAGAUUACAAAAGCAAUAUUGUUAUAUAAUAACAAAUUUAAAUCUGGGAUGUGAUAUUUUUUUAGUUUUCUUGUUGUUGAUGUUCCAAAAAUUCAUACAAGUAUCUGAAUACCAAAUACCCGAAAUUAAUGAUGCAGAUUGAAAACUACCAACCAUUAAACCAUGAUUAGUAUUUGUA